AGGUCGGGACGCAGCAGCUGUUCUGGGCCCUGGCUUCGGCGAAGGCCGCGUCCCUGCGCACCAAGCGGCAGAAGCUGGACCAGGAGGCCGAGGGCCUCGCGAAGGAGCACGACCAGCUGAAGGCGCAGCUUGCCGCCCUGAAGGCCGAAGGCUCCGUGCCCAGCCCGCGGGAGCUGGCCGAGCUCCGCGCGCGGGCCGCCGCGGAGCGGCAGCGGCGGGACGCGCUGCGGAAGCAGAUCGAGGCCUUCGAGCGCCUGGGGCCAGGGAAGCUGGGAGAGAUCAGGACGCAGACCGCCGUCGCGAAGGAGGCCGCCAACCGCUGGGCGGACAACAUCUGCGCCGUGCGCUCCAUGUUCCUGCGGGAGCGGCGCGGCGAGGUCUCGUCCCACCAGUUCAACACGAUGUUCAACUUGCCUGACGACUUCGACUAUCUUGAGUGAUCGGGCGUAUCGGCCCCGCACAGGUGCAGCCACAGGUUGCGGCUCGUCUCUCUCCGUCCCGCGCCUUUCAUGAUUUGCCUCUGAGGCAGGUGGCACCUCACUCCAUGCUCUACGCAGUGGCCGAGGCAUGCCAUGGCGGGUGCUGAGAUCUCUGCUUGCAUGUGGCUGUCGGGUCGCCCGCAGCUCUGAGGCGAGGAUCGUUUUAGCACGAUGCCUCUAGGUGUGGGCAGCGCUGUCGGGAUUGCGGUGCCCAUCGAAUUCGCACAUCCAAAAUGGGCC